AUGUGGUCGGAAUUUAUGAUGAAGAUGCUCAAUACUUCUAGCACUCUACCCGAUUUGGAAGAGACAAGCCCAUUCAGCCAUGGCGACCCAAAGGGAACUGUUGCGGCCCAUCUUUCCCAUUGGACUCUCUGGCAAUACAUAGCGACAUUUACCAUUGGUGUGAUUCUGUAUGAUCAGGUCAUGUACAUCAAACGGAAAGGCUCGAUCGCUGGGCCGAGAUUCAAAAUCCCUCUCAUUGGGCCUUUUCUUCAGGCUAUCGAUCCCAAAUUCGAGGGAUACCUCGCACAGUGGGCUAGUGGCCCUCUAAGUUGUGUUUCUGUCUUCCACAAAUUCGUCGUUCUAGCCUCCGACCGAGAUAUCGCACACAAAGUCUUCAAGUCACCAUCCUACGCCGAGCCGUGCAUUGUGCCAAUUGCGAAGGACUUGCUGGGCCCCAAGGCAUGGGUUUUCUUGCAAGGCAAAGCGCACGCCGAGUAUCGGAGGGGGCUCACACCACUGUUCACCAACAAAGCGAUCGCUACCUAUCUCCCUGUACAGGAACGGGUCUUGAAAAAGUACUUCGAUAAAUUUGUCGCAGUUAGCCAAACGAAAAACUUCCAGCCAAUGGCAUUCAUGCCUCUAUUCCGCGAAAUCAAUUGUGCCCUUUCAUGCCGCACUUUCUUCGGUGACUACAUCUCCCAAGACGCGGUAAAAAAGAUCGCAAAAGAUUUUUACCUUGUGACGGCCGCGAUGGAGCUGGUAAAUAUCCCUCUUUCCAUCUACAUUCCUUUCACCAAGCCUUGGCUCGGGAAGCGAACAGCUGACGCCGUCCACGCCGAGUUCGCGAAAUGUGCUGCGGCAUGCAAAGCGAACAUGGCAACUGGUGCAACCCCGACCUGCAUUGUGGACCACUGGGUAAUUCACAUGAUGGAAUCCAAGCGAUACCGAGAGAAAAUAGCCGCCGGGGGAACAGACGAAGAGAAGCCGACAAACCUCAUCCGAGAAUUCACCAACGAAGAGAUUGGCGAGACGUUAUUCACCUUUCUUUUUGCAUCUCAAGAUGCGUCCAGCAGCGCUACAACAUGGCUCUUUCAAGUUCUCGCCCAAAGACCCGACGUACUCCAUCGACUGCGUGAAGAGAACUUGGCUGCUCGGGGUGGGGACAGAAACAAACCCUUUGAUCUCCCAAUGCUCGAAUCACUCACAUACACCAACGCGGUGAUCAAAGAACUUCUACGCCACCGACCCCCGGUUAUCUUUGUUCCGUAUCUCGCAACCAAGGACUUCCCCGUCACGUCAAACUACACAGUACCGAAGGGCUCCAUGAUUAUCCCUUCUUGUUAUCCGGCCUUGCACGACCCUAACGCCUAUCCAGAUCCGGAUUCUUUUGAUCCUGAUCGCUGGGUUACUGGUGAUGCUGAGUCAAAAACCAAGAACUGGCUGGUCUUUGGCACUGGACCACAUGACUGUCUGGCACGAAGAUAUGUGCCGCUAUCUAUGGCGGGCAUGAUCGGAAAGGCGGCACUGGAUUUGGAUUGGAAGCACCACCCCACGGAAAAGUCGGAGGAGAUCAAGGUUUUCGCUACGUUAUUUCCGAUGGAUGGGUGUCAACUAGUUUUCUCGAAGCGUGUUUGA